ACGAGUCUAUGGCCCCAGUCAUUACAUAAUGCUUGGAAGAAAAAAGUGGCCAUGUAUGUCGUCUUUAUGCCCAUCGUUUCGCAUAAUUACCGUUUACAGAACACGCAAGAACUUAAAUGAUUCUAUGCUGAUCUUUUAAGCAGAAAUAAUAGUUUAGUAAAGCAAGUGGCAGAUGAUCUUGAGAGCUCCCCAGCUUUCAUCUUCCAAGAAUUAUUCUCAUUGCCCACAAUUUGCUACAGUCUUGGCCGAGCUUUCUUCCUCUCCUUUCUGCUCAGGGCCAGUGGGUUCUUGCUGAAGAUGGUUCAUUCCCAAAUUUUGGAAUUCUGGCGUAGUUCAACCUUGUUUUUGGUGGGGUUGGUGGGUCGGUGGCUGGGUCCUUGAAUUUUGCCUGUUUAUGAUUGCCAAUGUCGAGUUUGAGAUGCAUUACUGCGUGCAAGUGCUUGGCUUUUAGUUGAAAAUGGGAAAAUCACCAAUUAAAUCUCAUUUAUCAGCUUUCGCCUUUGAGUUAAGAGGCUUAUUGGCUUUCUACAGGAUAUGAGGAGGGUUUAAUAUCUGGUGCUCUGCUUUUGUUAUGGAUUACUCUAUCAAAUUCCAAAAACUAUUUCAGAUUGAGAAAGGGAAAUGGCUGGUUUUGGUCGGUUUGGUUGCUUUGACUCAUUUGGUCUGUCAGUCUUUGAUGCUUCCGAAUGGCAGUGCCCUUCUUUCACAGUUACCGGACCAGAAGAAUAAUGUACUUGUGAAGGGCAGUGAAUCAUCUAAGCACUCUUCUGUAAAGGCUUUGGUUGUUGACAACCCUCUUAAGGUUGGUGAGUCAAAUCUGGAUAAUGAUUCUCUAUUGGUGCGAGGGGUAAAGAGCACGAGAGUUUACAAUGUGGGCGGUCAUGAUGAUGGCAGUGGAUUAGUAGAAAAGGAAAAGCAAGAAAAGAUGAAUGGUGAUGUCAUGGAUGAUGAUUUUGAUUUUGUCGAGGAUGAGACAUUACGCAAUGUAAAUGUAGACAUGGAGGAGGGUUUUGGGAUGCAAAAUGAUAGCAGCCAAGAGCAGCGCUCUCUCUAUGGAAAUGGGGAAGGUGAAUCAAGCCACAGCCUUUCUCUUGCUCAGCUUGCAAAGAGAAGUUCUGGGGUGGUUGUAUCAAAAGCUGAAACUAGUAAGAUGCUACUAGACAAAACUGUUACUAGUUCUGCUGCUUCGUCAACUUUGGUUGUCUCAUCAGCUAAGCCUUUGUUGAUUAAAUCUGUAGUUGAGAGAAAAACACAAUCUGAAGUGAGCACCUCUGACGGUUCUGGUCGUGGUGCAUCCUUCAUUAGAAUCAAUGAAAAAUCUGAUGGUGAGGGUCAUCUAUUGCUGGGAAAUAACUUUGCUUCUUCCAACAAUGGUUCUUCAAUGUCAAAUAAGCCCGUUAAAAAGAAGAUGAGGUGUGAGAUGCCACCUAAAACAGUGACACCAUUAAAUGAGAUGCAAAAGUUACUAGUCCGACAUCGUGCUCGUUCGCGUGCAAUGAGGCCAAAAUGGUCCUCUGAGCGCGACCAGGAAAUCUUAAGUGCAAAGUUAAAGAUUGAAAAUAGCCCCAUUUUGAAGAAUGAUCAGGAUCUGUAUGCACCUCUAUUUCGAAAUGUCUCCAUGUUCAAAAGGAGCUAUGAACUCAUGGAACGUGUACUGAAAAUAUACGUGUACAAAGAAGGCAAUAAGCCAAUCUUUCAUCAACCAACACUCAAAGGAUUAUAUGCAUCUGAGGGAUGGUUCAUGAAACUGAUGGAGGGAAGCAAACAUUUUGUUGUCAAAGAUCCAAGGAAGGCUCAUUUGUUUUAUAUGCCAUUCAGUACAAGGAUGCUAGAGUACACGCUGUAUGUGCGUAAUUCCCACAACCGGACAAACCUACGUCAGUAUUUGAAGGAUUAUUCAGAAAAAAUUGCAGCAAAAUAUAGUUUCUGGAACAGAACUGGGGGUGCAGAUCAUUUUCUUGUUGCCUGCCAUGAUUGGGCUCCUUAUGAGACGAGACACCACAUGGAGCAUUGCAUUAAAGCCCUCUGUAAUGCGGAUGUAACCAUGGGCUUCAAAAUAGGGAGGGAUGUCUCUCUCCCAGAAACAUACGUCCGAUCAGCAAGAAACCCUCUUAGAGAUCUUGGAGGAAAACCACCAUCACAAAGGCACAUUCUUGCUUUCUAUGCCGGAAACAUGCAUGGUUAUCUUCGUCCAAUCUUGCUCAAGUAUUGGAGAGACAAGGAGCCUGAUAUGAAGAUACUCGGUCCGAUGCCUCCAGGUGUUGCAAGCAAAAUGAAUUACAUAUACCACAUGAAAAGCAGCAAGUACUGCAUUUGCCCAAAGGGCUACGAAGUCAACAGCCCAAGGGUAGUCGAAGCCAUCUUUUACGAGUGUGUGCCGGUUAUUAUUUCCGAUAACUUUGUGCCCCCAUUCUUUGAGGUGUUAAACUGGGAUGCGUUCUCAGUGAUUAUUGCAGAGAAAGACAUUCCGAACUUGAGAAGCAUUCUUGUUUCCAUACCAGAGGAGAAGUAUAUGGAUAUGCAACUUGGUGUCCGUAAAGUCCAACAACAUUUUUUAUGGCAUGCAAAGCCGGUGAAGUACGACCUCUUCCACAUGACCCUUCAUUCGAUCUGGUACAAUCGAGUUUUCCAAAUAAAACCCAGAUAACAAUAUGGAGAACCACCUGUUGACCAUGUAGAAAUGUGAAGGAAAACAGUCUGAAGUCACACAGGAGCUCAGGUGAAUGAAAGAGACGAAAACGGAACUUCAGCAAGGUACGUCCACUCUUGUCGAGUACACCCUUCCAGUCCCGUUUAUCCGGUUAUCUGACUGGUUUCUCCAGCUUCUCCCGGUCCACAGGGAGGGAUAAAAUGGUUAUGUGAAUGUUAGACUACACUUAUUGAGCAGGAAGUUGAUCUCAUGCAGCUAAUUGCUUUCUGUAAAUAUACACAUCUUAUUAUUCUUGUGAUUUUUAUGUGGACUUUUCUUCUGAUACUUGGAAAACAACAAAAAUUCAGCGUCGAGUUAAUAAGCAAGUAAAAUUCUUACUGUUCA